GUCUGUCCCUCUAAUGUGUCGCCUGGAAUGACAGUGAAACCGAGCAAUAGGGAUUUGGGGUUAAACCUCCUCCACGAAAGAAAUUUAUCUGUUUAAUGAUCAGAUAAGGGAGGGGUGUGUGCCCGUCGGAAAGAAAAGGAAUUUGUGCCGAAGUGGGAGUGGACGUGAUUCAAGGCGAUAGGGAGACAGCAAAAAGCAGCGGCUGUCUGAAUCAAACCUCCGAGGGCUCGGCUCUGAUCUGAAAUUCCGGGGAAUCUGUCCACGAAACUGGAAAGGCAGCCGAAUAAUGAGUGACAAGGGCACAAGAGUAUUUAAGAAAUCCAGCCCCAAUGGAAAGCUUACUGUCUACCUUGGGAAAAGGGACUUUGUGGACCACGUAGACUUUGUGGAGCCUGUCGAUGGUGUUGUUUUGGUUGAUCCAGAAUAUCUGAAGGAAAGGAAAGUGUUUGUCACCUUGACGUGUGCCUUUCGAUAUGGCCGGGAGGACUUGGACGUGUUGGGCCUGACCUUUAGGAAGGAUCUCUUUGUCGCCAAUGUUCAAGCUUUUCCGCCCAUCGUGGAGGAGAGGAAACCGCUAACCCGGCUCCAGGAACGUUUGAUUAAAAAACUGGGAGAACAUGCAUACCCCUUCACAUUCGAGAUUCCUCCGAACUUACCUUGUUCAGUCACUUUGCAACCAGGACCUGAAGACACAGGAAAGGCUUGCGGUGUGGACUUUGAGGUGAAAACAUACUGCGCCGAGAACUUGGAAGAGAAAAUUCAUAAAAGGAACUCAGUGAGGCUGGUCAUUCGUAAAGUGCAGUAUGCCCCAGAGAAACCUGGUCCACAACCCAUGGCUGAGACCACCAGACAGUUCCUCAUGUCAGACAAACCCCUCCACCUUGAGGCAUCAUUGGACAAAGAGAUUUAUUAUCACGGAGAACCUAUAAAUGUCAAUGUCCAUGUGACUAAUAACACCAACAAGACCGUUAAGAAGCUGAAGAUAGCUGUUCGUCAGUACGCAGAUAUCUGUCUGUUUAACACAGCUCAGUACAAGUGCCCUGUUGCGACAGCAGAAGCAGAUGACAUUGUGGCCCCGAGCUCCACGUUUUGUAAAGUUUACACCCUGACACCGUACCUGGCCAAUAACCGGGAGAAACGCGGCCUGGCUUUGGAUGGGAAGCUUAAGCAUGAAGACACAAACCUAGCUUCCAGCACCUUGUUAAGAGACGGAGCAAGUAAAGAGAUUCUGGGCAUCAUGGUAUCUUACAAAGUCAAAGUGAAGUUGGUGGUUUCUAGAGGGGGUGAUGUGAUUGUGGAGCUGCCUUUUACCUUAAUGCACGCUAAGCCAGAGGAAGAGGCUUUCUACAGAGAAGUUCCUGAGAAUGAGGUUCCCAUUGACACCAACCUGAUCGAGUUUGACACCAAUGAUGAUGACAUUGUUUUUGAGGAUUUUGCUCGCCAGAGGCUGAAAGGACUGAAGGACGACAAUGACGACGAUGAAGAUGGAGUGAACUCACCGCAGCACAACGACCGAUAAAACACGGGGACACGCAAAUCGCUGCAAGGCACGGUGAUCUCCGGCACCUGAAAAGCUGCUGUCGUUAGUUUAUUUUCCUCCUUGUUUUUGUUAGACAAUAAAACAACUGAGGCUUCUCAAUAGUCUUGGGCCAAAACCUGACAGACUCCAAACAGUAGACUGGUACAAUCAUGAUGUCAGUUCCU